UUAGAAUGCCUGUUUGCUCAACUGCUGGAAGUUAGAAACUAAGAAGCAAGCAACAGAGACUGCACUCACCCCCAGUGGGGCAGGCAGCAGAGUUAGCAAUUUGCUUUUAGAAGGGAGGCAUGAGCAUGGAGGGGAGAGGUCUUUACCAGGAGAGAUUUCAUUCUCUUUAGCCUGGGCUCUGUCGCCUUCUUCUUCUUCUUCUGUCUCCCUCACUCGUAUCUCUGUCUCUGUCGACCUCCAGCUGGGCUUACAAGGUCACUGCCUCACCAGGAGCCAGAGGAGAGUGGGAGACUGGGUGGUGUUUUUUUUCUUGUCCGGCUGCCAGAAGUAAGGGCCGCAGAGGAGUUCAAACUUCAGACUGAAACGCAGACUGAAAGGACAGAUGAAAGGGCCCAGAGAGGAAAAGGAGCGUCGGAUUUAGGGGUGGAUGAAUCUGGGUUUUCUGAGUGUCUUCAUUGUCUGGUCUUCAGUUCUCCCCAUUUCUGCUGCAAUUUGCAAUUAAAAAAACACAAACAGAUUCUCAUGAAAAUUCAUCAGCAUUAUAGUACAUCAGCACUGCCUCUCCGCCUAACCUACCUUACAGGGUUGUUGCGGGGAUUCAGUGAGGAAGGGGAGAACCAUGCCUGCCACCUUGAGCUCCUUGGAGAAAAGAGCCGGUUGCCUGAAAUGGCCUGCCAGCGAGAUCCAUCCCCAAAGGGCAGCACUGUUCCCCUCACAUCUUCCUUUCCCAGUAGGUUGGCAACCUGAUGAGAGCAAUGGUAUGUUGGUGAAUUCAGCCAGCCUGGGCUUCUUCUGCGCAGGUUUUUUCUGGAUGCUGGCUAGUCCUGAGGAUCUCUGGCGGCAGCAGGCCAAGGUGGAGAACUCCAGGUAUUGUCCUUGGGACUGCAUGAGAUUUGUCCAGAUGUGGCCCGGCUCAUUCUGCGUGGCUCUAGAAAGGAGGUUUGAGUGUGUCCUGCCGAAGGAUGCAAACAGCUGGACCAUUCAUGGAUUAUGGCCCAGCUACGUCAGGGAUUGUUGCUCGUACUGGCACCUCUUCCCCUCUGACCUGGUGGACUUGAUGUCUGAACUGGACAGACACUGGCCAACCUUCACCAACAUAAGCAACUUCCAGUUCUGGGAGAAAGAAUGGCAGAAACAUGGGACUUGUGCCAGCUGUAUUGAAACCCUGAACUCUCCCAAUAAAUACUUCCAAGCUGCCCUCAUCCUGCAGACCAAAUAUAAUAUUGACGGGGCCUUUCAAAGAGCUGCCAUCGUCCCAUCUUGCAGCAGGAGCUACCAGCUCAGCACCUUUGUGACAGUGCUGCAGCCCACCCUGGGAGACCAAUAUGAACUGCAGUGUGUGACUGAUGCUCAGGGACGUCAAAUUUUGGUGCAAAUCAAGGUUUCGCUUUAUAGCAAUUUCUCCACCGGCUGCUCCUCAGACCUCUAUGACAUCUCCCCUUACAAGCCCUGCAGUGCCGAGAGGAAGGUUUUUUAUUUCCCUCCUAAUCAGGAGAAUCCACGUAAUCCCUGUCCUUGAUCUGAGGCCGGCAGAGGUGCGAAUCCUGCAAGAAGGAGAGGUUAUAGGGAGCCAAAAUAAAAUGUUUA